AUGCCUAAGUUUCCCAAAAGUACAAAGGAAAAGAGUUUGCCUCACAUCGAGUUGACAAUGGAGUUUUCUGAACUACCUGGAAUCCACGGGUUCGUCCAUGGACAUAUCCACAAGCAUAAGGAUCACACCCACAUUCAUGGUCACAUUCACAACCAUGAUCAUGACCAGCAUUUUAACCCUGGCCAGUUGUGUGACAUCGACGAAGAGGCUUGCCGUGACAUCAUGUGUGAUGAGUUAGAUGAUUGCCAGUUCAAUCAUUGCGAUGAAGUGCUGGCACCACCGGCUCCACAUUUAGCCCUCACCAACGAGGCCAACCGAAUUUGUACCGAUCCACUGUGUAUCAAGGACCCCAGAAAGGUUGUGUUGGACUGUUGUGGACCACAAGAAAGCCCAGAAUGUGGCUCCUCUGGCGACUGUGACCAGAAGGCAUGCGAAUCACAACAAAACAACACAAUUUUGUUUAAGAACAUCAUCGAAAGUGUACAACUAGGGAUCGAUAACGAUGAUAACCAACCAGAGCCUGCUGCAAAGCGACAAAAAAUCCAACCUCCUCAAUUUGAGCUUCACUUCCCCCACCAAUGCCACCAAGAGCCUGCUUUUGCUGACCAAGAUGUCCCUAAAACAGAGAACCAUCAUCAUUACCAUCAAUUAUGUUUUCAUACCACCAUCCCAAAUGUGGGUAACGCUAUUCCCGAGGCACAACCGCCAGCACUUCCAGCACCUCAACCGUUAAUGCUGGACUACGAUUUUUACAUUCAGUUCAACAAUUUGAACCAGCAAACUUGCCAAUGGGAUAAUUGCGAUAGACAACUACCCUCGGAGCAGCUAAUGGCUCAUUUGGAACAAGACCACAUUGUCAAAGUGGAAGGAGAUCGCCCACGCUAUCAUUGCGAAUGGGCUGAUUGUAAUUUCAUGGAAGACCUGUGGGAAAACUUCGUUGCUCAUUUGGGACAUCAUCAACCACAUGAAGUCAUUCGUCCACCUUCUCCAGCUGCCAAAUCUCCAGUUGUAACAUCUCCUGCUCGCAAGAAGCCUGUAUCAAUCACCAAGGUGAAAAUCAAUCCUAAAAAGAAGGAACCUAUUGAUCCAACUCAUACAUGUAAAUGGGAAAUUGCCGAUGGGGUCACAUGUAACAAACUGCACGCUUCUGCUGGUGAUCUUCAAAAUCAUUUGAUUGAGGAGCAUGUUGGGCUGGGUCGUCUGAAGUAUUCAUGUAAAUGGACUGGUUGCGUACGCCAUCAUGGGAAGGAGUUUAUUCAACGCCAAAAAUUGCUACGUCAUAUUCAUAUUCAUACCAAUUACAAGCCUUUCAAGUGUGAUGAAUGUGGCCUGACUUUUGCCACAACACAUAUGCUCCAACAACACCUAAGAACUCAUCUGGGGGAGAAACCAUACAAAUGCAAUAUCUGUGGGAAACGUUUUGCGGCAAAUUCUUCAUUAUCCAUUCACAACAGAGUUCACACUGGUGAAAAGCCAUUAGUGUGUAAGUACCCAGGUUGUGGUAAACGCUUUUCCGAAUCCCUGAAUCUUACAAAGCACAUGAAGGUUCACGAAAGAUUUGACUGCUCAGAAUGUGAGCUCUCUUUCGACAAGAAAACACCAUAUGCCCUUCAUUUGCAAACUGACCACGGAAAGGUUGCGUCAGAUUAA